AUGAAGUGUGUUCUGCUCUUCGCUCUUCUGCUGCUGCUGCGCCUUCUGCCUUGGGGCAAGACCCAGAUCGCGGUCCCUACUCCCAACAAAGACGCCCGGCCGCUGAGCGAGACCAAUGGAUCGACGUGCGCCAAGUGGCUGUACGGGACCGUGCCGCCGCAGGUGGAAGCUUUCCAGUGCGCGGGGCAACCCGACGGUGCCGAAGUCAAGUUCUGCUGCGGGACCUGCGACCAGACGCGCAAUUGCUCCUUCGAAGAGCUCGCCGAGGGCUCCCCAGCGCGCCCCACCGACGGCAAACGGGAGCCGUGCCCUCCAGUGCAAUGUAAGGCAGCCACCUACUUUCGCAUCUUUUGGCACCUCCGGGGGACACUACUUGAGCCUCAUAGGCGUAGCCAGUAUUUUUGUUAGGGGGCGCAGACCUCAGAUUUGUUAUUAUUUGUAUUAAUUUUGAUUAAUUGGGGAGGCAGCUGUCCCUGGGGCCCCUUGGCUGCGCCCAUUGUGCGCCUCAUUCUGAAAGCGAAACUACUGCUUUCUCUUUUUUGGACAUGGGUCUCCCGCUCCCCUUUCGGUCUAUUUAUGUCUUCCCCGCUCAUGAUCUUGCGGUGAAGCGCAGAGGUGUACACUGGACGAGGAGAGCACCUUCGGUGCCCCUUCCGCCUCCCCAAGAAGGCUGCGCGCUAUCGCUUGGGAAGGGUAGCUGGGAACGGGAACUCCAUUAGGGUGAAGUCCAGUGCGCAGAAGAUUUGCGGGGAGGGCAAGAAGGGCUUCGAAGGUGCUUCAGGGGGGUCGUCUGGGCCCAGUCUUAGGCUGCGCUAAAACGUCUUAAGGUGCUGUGAGAAAUUCGUUGGUUUUUAACGCGCCAGAAGACUCUAAGUUGGCACGGACGGGCAAGAUUUGUAUGGGGGCGGGCGGGAAUUCUCCCAACGAAGUCCAGGGUGUCCUGUUUUCUAGGUUGCUUCGGUGCAGAGACAUUUGUCCCAGGGAGUCUUCUCAGCCGAGUGCAGUCAGGCUCCAUUAAGGAUAUUGACUCCUGAAGUUAGAGAUGGGGGAAAUUGUUGCAGUGUGCGAUACUUUGCCUAAAGAUGCUAGCCAUACCACCCCUCUCCGGAUUUUUGGUUAAAAUCCCUUGCUCCAUUCCUGGAGAGUCCAGUUUGUCCCGUUGAGCAGAACAAUCGAGCAAAUGGGUAGCAGAACAAGCACUGAUCAAUAUCUUUCUUUUGUUUCAGACUGGCUGUUGGUGACCGUUUUUUGUGUUGGAGUUCUUGCUACUGUGAUAUUCUACUGGGGUUUUUACCGCCCUUGCAGAAAAUUCUGGCUUACGGAGACAGUCACCUUUGAAGUACCAGAGGAGAUCGAGGGAGAGACCGGCUCUUCUGUGAAACCCCGUGAAACCUACACCAGAUUGGAUCAGCUAUUGCCUGUUGGUGCACUGGGUCCUCCAAGUCUCCAUGACGGUCCUGCUUCUACCUCCAGCGAUGCCCCCAGUGAGCAGCCUCCAGCUCCCCCCAGCAAUGCCCCCAGUGAGCAGCCUCCAGCUCCCCCCAGCAAUGCCCCCAGUGAGCAGCCUCCAGCUCCCCCCAGCAAUGCCCCCAGUGAGCAGCCUCCAGCUCCCCCCAGCAAUGCCCCCAGUGUGAAGCCUCCAGCUCCCCCCAGCAAUGCCCCCAGCGUGAAGCCUCCAGCUCCCCCCAGCAAUGCCCCCAGUGUGAAGCCUCCAGCUCCCCCCAGCAAUGCCCCCAGCGUGAAGCCUCCAGCUCCCCCCAGCAAUGCCCCCAGCGUGAAGCCUCCAGCUCCCCCCAGCAAUGCCCCCAGCGUGAAGCCUCCAGCUCCCCCCAGCAAUGCCCCCAGUGUGCAGCCUCCAGCUCUCCCCAGCAAUGCCCCCAGUGUGCAGCCUCCAGCUCGGAUGCCUGGGAAUGUGGCCGUCGUGUGGUUUUCAACAGGACUUGUCCCAAUUCGGAUGGAAACUCCUCCCCCGCAGCGGAACCGGGGCCGCCGAAGACCCCUGACUCGCCCCGAAAACUAG